UCGCUACAUGAAUAUAAUGUUCCUUGAAUGUCAUGCGCUAAGCGUUCGCCGCGAAAAAGCGUAUUCCGCUUGCGCCCAGCAGUGAUGCGUGUGUGAGUGUUGCCUCUCCACGUGAUUUUGACAGUCGAAUCGUUCACAAAAGCCGGCUCGGUUUUUUUUUUCUUUUAUCAACAGUGCGAUGUGCGCGAACUGAAGCGACAGAGAAAGUGUUUUUGAUAACAGUUUACGUGAAUGAACGACCGAUACAUAGAGAUGUUGUAAGAUCAAGGGAGCCACAUCAAGGAUGAUUAUUAAAUAUUGCUUGGCCCAAUUUCUGCCGGCUAUGGAGUGUUUUCGAAUGACUAGAACUCCAGCCAGCUACAAUUACUUAUAUCACUGGUUCCUGAUCUUGCUGCUAUCCUCAACGUGCUCCGGUAACGAUGGACUAUUCGGCUCCAAAUUCCAGACUGAUAUUCCCGAAUACGACCUCCUGCACGCAAUCGGAGUUCCGUUCAGCAAUCCGAAAACACAAUACUUCGACGAAGGCCUCGAUGGGUUCCCUGCCUACGGCCUCAUGCCGGGAUCGGAUAUAAAAUCCCCCUACCGCCUGUUCAUGCCAGAGAAACUAUACGCCGAGUUCUCAAUAACAGCCACCGUCAGGCCGGCGAACAAAGAUGGCGGAUUCCUAUUCUCAGUUGUAAACCCUUUAGAAACGGUAGUACAAUUGGGAGUGCAAUUAAUUCCUUCGGGCCCCGGACUAACAAAUAUUUCGCUGCUAUACACUGACGCUAAUAUCUACGCGUUAUCUCAGACCAUUGCGUCAUUCGUCGUACCUUCGUUUGCUAAGAAAUGGAGCAGAUUUGCUUUGAGGGUUACAACUGAUAAUGUCACGCUGUUCCUGAAUUGUCAUGAGUUUGAUACUGUGGUGGUGAAGAGGAACCCGCUGGAGUUGGUCUUCGAUUCUGCUUCGACUCUGUAUGUUGGACAAGCUGGACCGUUGAUAAGAGGCGCUUUUCACGGUGCGUUUCAAGAGCUCAAGUUGUAUGGAUCUCCGACGCAGGCUGAAGUUCAAUGUGUCAACACUUUUGAGGAAUCCGGCGAUGGAGACGAGAUAGACAUUGACAAUUACUUGGUGGACCAAGAAGAAGGUGACGCGGAAGGUUCUGGAAGGUACGGUACUAUUCCACCGUUCCCGCCACCACCACCCGGCUUGGAUGGAGGCUACUCGUUACGACUGAAAGGCGAGAAAGGAGAACGCGGACCAAGGGGUGCACCAGGAGAAUCUAUAAGAGGUCCGCCGGGUCCGCCCGGGCCUCCAGGACCUCCUGGUAUAUCUGGAACACCUGGAGUAAUUGCUGAAAUAUCCGGCUCGGGAGAUGAUAAGAGUACAGUCAAGCAGAUCUUCGGAGAGAACUACGUGUCCAUGGGUCAAUGUGGGUGCAAUUCUAGUACAAUCCUUGCACUUCUGCAAACAGCGCCUGAGUUAAAGGGACCUCCCGGUCCUCCGGGAAUUACCGGUGCUGAUGGACGCACUGGCUCACCUGGGCUACCUGGUCAACCAGGAUCACCAGGUGAGCGUGGUCCUAUAGGACCACGAGGAGAUAAAGGAGACAGAGGUGACAGCGGCCCAAGGGGUCCCGAAGGACCAGCGGGUGCUAAAGGAGAGGCGGGAGUAGACGGGAGACCAGGUGCUGUAGGUCCGCCGGGCCCGCCUGGGCCACCAGGAGCAUCAGAUUACAGUAACUUUGAUGAAUCCCUUCUUGGCUCUUACGGAGGAGCUAUCGGCAGACCAGGGGCCCCUGGACCUAAGGGUGACGCUGGACAGCCAGGACCAGUCGGACCACAAGGCGAACGUGGCUUCCCAGGACAUAAAGGAGAGAGGGGACAAUCGGGUGUAGGUGGAACUAAAGGAGAUAGGGGUCACCCGGGACCACAAGGGGAGCGAGGUUACAAAGGAGAUCGUGGCAGCCCAGGGUUGGAUGGAAGACCAGGUAUCCCAGGCGCUAGUGGAAGACCAGCUGACAAAGGAGAAAAAGGUGAACGAGGCGAACCGGGUCCACCAGGACCUCCAAUCAUCGGUUCGUUCAGUCCUGAUGAUGCUGAAUUCCUAACAGCAGGACAAAGGCAGGCAGGGGCUGCCUUGAAAGGAGACAAAGGUGAAAAGGGUGAAAAAGGCGGUCGAGGUAAUGACGGCCCACCCGGGUUUCCGGGCAAGGAUGGUAAUGCGGGUGAACGUGGCGACAUUGGACCAUCGGGCAUGCCCGGAACUCCUGGCCCGCCGGGAACACCUGGAUUGAAAGGAGAGAGGGGAGAGAGAGGCCCACCUGGCCCUAUCAGUGUUACCAUGGCUGGAUCUGACAUUGUUACUAUCAAGGGUGACAAAGGUGACGCAGGCUUGCGAGGAAGAAGAGGUAGGCCUGGGCCCGCUGGACCUAAAGGAUCUUCUGGAAAUCCCGGCCCUCCUGGACCUCCUGGCAGGCCUGGGGAUAAAGGAGAUAUCGGCCUACCUGGAUGGAUUGGUCGUCCAGGCACAUUAGGACCACCGGGGCAUCAAGGACCAGCAGGACCAAAAGGGGAGAAAGGGGAUCCAGGAGUUAACAUCUUAGACGUUUCAAUGUUCAAAGGCGAAAAGGGUGAGCGAGGCUUCGAUGGUCUCCCCGGCUUACCCGGAGUACCUGGUCCUUCCGGCCCUCCCGGGCCCUCUGGGUCUCUGUCUGAAGCUAUUCAGUACCUCCCAGGACCCCCCGGUCCUCCUGGCCCGCCUGGACCUCCGGGACCUCCUGGGGUAUCCGUAGUUGGCCCAAAAGGAGAACCAGGAUUCAGCCAUUAUGAAGAACACCCAGUUCAUGGAAAUACUAAGUUUUAUGGAAGACCGAGUAAGUUCUUUCAAUCACAUCCAGCCACUCAUCAUCACCAUACUGAGGAGCCGAACAAAUCGGUGCAAUCGGUGCCUGGUGCCGCCGUGUUCCAGACAACUGAGGAAAUGUUAAAGCUCGCAUCAUCGAGCCCAGUGGGCGCACUGGGUUACGUUGUCGAAGAGCAGGCUUUGUUCGUCAAAGUUAAUUCCGGAUGGCAAUACGUACUGUUAGGGUCCCUGGUAACGCAAGCUGCGCCAUCGCACCCGACUCCUGCGCCGGUACCUCCUCCAAUGCAAGCUGCCAGCUUAGUCCAUGUACCACCAAUAUCGAACCUGGUUGAAAAUUCACCCGUCGUUGGACCAAGUCUCCACCUAGCAGCACUGAAUGAGCCUUUACCAGGGAACAUGCAUGGUAUACGCAGAGCUGACUACGCGUGCUAUCGUCAAGGAAGACGGGCUGGAUUGAGAGGGACCUUCAGAGCUCUGCUGACGAGCAAGAUCCAGAACUUAGAUUCGAUAGUCCGAUACUCAGACCGACAUCUGCCAGUUGUAAACACUCAAGGAGAAGUGCUGUUCAAGUCAUUCUCUGAUAUGUUUGAUGGUAAUGGGGCGUUGGCUUCUGAUGCCAGGAUCUACAGCUUCAAUGGAAGGAAUGUUCUGACUGACCCGCUUUGGCCUCAAAAAAUAAUCUGGCAUGGCUCUCGUGCGAACGGCGAGCGUGCUUUGGACAGCUACUGUCAUGAGUGGCAAAAUGGAGACCCCGCCAACAGAGGCCUCGGAUCUUCAUUGUACUCACACAAACUACUUGCACAGGAGAGAUAUCCAUGCAGUAGUCAUUUCAUCGUGCUUUGCGUCGAAGUGGCGUCAGAAAUAAAUUCUAGAAGAAAACGAGAGACUCCAAGAUAUAAUGCGACCGGCACACUCGAUGACGACGACUAUCUUUACAAUGCGGAGGAAUACCAACAACUACUGAACGAAAUAUUUGCUCAACCGUUUAGAGAGAAUUAGGUUAUGACGUCAUCGUUCAUGUGUUACGUCAGAAUGCACCAACGGCUCGUGAGUUCGAAAUCGUAUGAUUUGUAUUGACGUUGUUUGCUAUCUAUAAUGUGCAUUAUUGUUAUGAAAAUUCCAAAAUAUUUAGGACCUUCCCAAGAGAUAUUUAAAUGUUACCUUUGGCAUAAAAGAUUGGCAAUUUAAAGAAAAUCUCUUUUUCGAUGAUUAUAUCGAAAUCUUUCGAAGCAAAACAUCAAUGGUGGCAUUGAUAGCUAAUGGAUUAGCAACUCUUUCGUUGUACGAAAAUUUCGAACGGCAAAGACCGUCUUUUGUCGAUGUAUUCUGAUUCGAAAUUCAAACGCCCAUCAUGUAAAAGUGUUUAUAGUUCGGCCAUUCAGAGAAUGCGUUCCUGACACGUCGCGAUUGAACUGACGACGUAAUAACAUUCAUUGAUUAUUGAUAUAAUAAUGUUGUUUUAAUGCUCCUCAAUUGUUA